AUGACAGACGAGGCAACAGUCCUUGACAUUGAGGAAACAAUACCUGAGACCAAAGAUUCCAGUUCAAAAAGUAAAACUGGAUGGUUUCAAAAUCUGAUAUUAUGGAUACGUUUAUUUUGGACAAAACUAUGUGAUUUCGUAAGGUGUCUAAGACUGCGGGUUUGCAAUUGGUGCUCGUUCGCCUGUUUUGAGAAACCGAACAUUACAGGGUUUUUCACAGGCAAAGGAAGAGCCGAAAAUCUCACCUGUGAGCAAGACAUCAUCAACUUCCUCAACAAUAACCGCAGCAAAGUAACCGGAGACAAGAGCAAGCCCAAGGAAAUCGAGAACCUGCCACAGUCAGUGACAUUAAAAACCAAGAAAAUUGGCCUAAUCAACUUGGGAAACACAUGUUUUAUGAACAGUGUAUUGCAAGCAUUAUUCAUGGCAGCAGAUUUUAGGAGGUAUGUGUUAUCUCUGAAUCUGAGUGGGUGGCAAUCACUGAUGGAGAAAUUGAAACAUCUUUUCAAGAAGUUAUCUCAUACAAACAAGGUAUCUUAUGCACCUUGUGAAUUUUUUAUGGCUUCAAGACCACCUGGGUCCAGUCCUAAUUCCCAGGAAGACUCUGCCGAGUAUCUCAGAUUCCUUCUAAACAGAUUGCAAGAAGAGGAGAAAUCAACACAGAAUUCAACACCUCGGAGCACAGAACUGGGGAAGGAAGAAAAAACUGUGAUAGAAAGCAUGUUUGGGGGAAAGCUGAAAACAAACACUUGGUGUAAGACCUGCAAAAGCACCUCCCAGAAGAGAGAAGAUUUCACUGAUAUUCCUCUGGCUUUCUCUUCAUUUGUCAAACCAGCACCGGUAAUGGCAUGCUCUACCGAGGAAAAACAUAACAAUUCUGUUACAAUCAAUAUGACCCCAGUUGCAGAAUCACCCACUAGCAACAUCUCAUGUCAAAAAACUGGAGAGGAAAAGACACAGGAAACACCUACGGUAAAAGACCUGCUAACUAGUUUCCUGGCACCAGAGGUUCUCGAUGGAGAUAACAAGUAUCAGUGUCAAACAUGUGCUUCCCUCCAGACUGCAGAAAGGACUAAGAUGAUCGUGGAAGAGCCACAAUAUCUAAUUUUAACUUUACUGCGAUUUGCCUAUGAUACAAUCUGCAAUGUGAAGCGUAAGAUAUUGGAUCCUGUGUCCAUUCCACUCGUACUGGAUUUGCCUGUAGAGAGAUCAACAUCUCGGGCUGCAUCAGCAGAUCAGACACUGGAGAAUGAGAAUAGAAGACCUGAGGUAGAAGACCUGUCACAUAAACAACAACAAGUGCCCUAUGUUUUAAAUUCUGUUGUGGUCCAUUCUGGGUUAUCAUCUGACAGUGGUCACUAUUAUUCUUAUGCGCGGGACAUAUCUGAUAAUUCAGGGUGUUCACAUUCUGAAAAACACUCUUCGGCCCUCGGCUCUGUGAAUGGAAAUGAAGAAUGGUUUCUGUUUGAUGACAGCAGUGUUUCCAUGAAAACAACACACUUGUGUUUAAUUUUACGUGACAUUAAUCCCCCUGGAACGGCAGGCUACUAUAUGGAGGAAGAGGCGUACGCCACUCUGUCAGACUCUGAUAGUGACUCUAUAGCAGACAGUGACACUAUCGCAGCCUCUGAUAUUGAGCCCCUGAGUAACCCCUCAAGUGAUUAUGCCCCACCACCAUCUAUGAGAGGGCGCUUAAGAAGCCCAGUGCCAGAGGAAAACUGGGUACCCCCAAACCUGACAAUCCGAGAAAUACCUCUAUUCACUGCUACACCUUUCAUCAUAGUAACAGUGUAUGACUGUGAGUCAAUUUACUAG